AUGUCUCGCAAAAACAUUCUGCGGCGGCAGCAGGCGCUGGGGCAGCUCUCAACCAGUGCACUCAAUGCGGUCUCUGAGGCAGUUGUCCAGGGCCCCCAAGACGGAGGAGACGGCUGCUACAGUGAUGCUCUGUUCAACGGUGGUGCUCCAGCACGUAGCAUGCUUUUUGGUGGUAUUGCUUCCCAGUGGAGAGUGGAGAAUUUUAGUAUAAUGGACAGCAAUCCAACUAACUGGUCUGGCAUUAGGGUCAAGUUGAAGCGCAGUACGCCGGUGCUUCAGGAUCCCACUGAGACAUUCUCAAGGAUGAACGAGAUCAUGCACCAAACACUAAAGUAUGUGAAGGAGGUGGAGAGCACCGAUUUUAGUAGUCGUGAUGUCAUAGACUUUAAUGGAGAAGUCAUGGAGGAUCCACGGAGAAUAUUCCUUUCAGUGUGUUCCAGCGUGUUUGCAAAUUUUUCCUACUGCUGCACAUUGGACGCGGAGAAGCUACUCAGCUUCCUCUCUGAUCUUUUUGAGAAAUACUCCACAGACAAUGCGUAUCAUAACGCACUUCAUGCCGCCGACUCAGUCCAAAUGUUGUUUCUCAUGCUGCGAGAAAAACCAGCAACAUUGAUGUUAACAGAUGACGAAAUUAUUGUGGCCUUUCUUGCCACACUUUGUCUGAGUUUUGCCCAUCCUGGUGUGACAAAUGCCUUUCUGGCGCGUCUGGACCACCCCCUUGUUCUUGUGUAUGGGGAUAUGACGACACAACAAUCAGCCAGUCUCACAGCGUUCCUGUACUUUCUGAAUAGAGAGGAGAAUCGUUUUAUUGACCUCUCAGCUAACGCUGGCGCUCAACCUCUUUCCCAAUACCUCAGAGAGCUGUUGAUUGAAACAGUGUUGGGGACCGCACCACGUGGACGGGAAUCCUUGCUUCGGAAACUGCAAGAGGUGGCGGUUUCCAAUGCGGUAACAUUCAACGACAUACCGCUUUUAUUGAUGGGAGUGGUUAUUCUGGCAGAUAAUGCUUUGGCGUUGCGACCACGCCAACAGUUCAUCACUCUGGGUGGCCUUAUGGCAUCUGAGUGGGCCCGUGAGGCGUGUGAAGAAGAACGGCGAGGAAUGGACCCGCUUCUACCGAAUCUUGGUAGUCGACUCAAUGAAAAUGGGUUAGGAAUGGUGACAGAUUACGUCAAGGUGUGGCUGAAGCCUUUGGCCACCACUGUUCAUGCUCUGGUACCACAGGACCUUUAUGACAACAUGGUAAGGAAUGCCGAGGCACCGUCCGUCAGUGAAGCAGCAGACUUCCAUGUCCCGCCAGUUUCACCGGAUGAACGAUGGAAUGACAGUAGCUCACUGGUUGUGGAAAUACUUCGCAAGAUAACAAUGCAUGCAACAAGUUUGGAUCGCAAAGCCUCGAAACGAGCCAUCCUUAAUGCGGCAUCUAAUCGGCAGGCUUUCUCACCCGUCUCGUCACAGGUCUCAUCGCCGCAUCACUUCUCAAGUGAACCAAAGAUGCAGUUUCCAUUCUCUGGUGGUGCAGUGAGCCAGUACCCGAGCCGCUCUGAGCACUACUUCUCUUUUUUGCGGUUGUACGACACAUACGAAAAGGAGGGUCGCCCUGCAGCAGAGUUUGCGGCACAGCUGGUGUUUCUCGCGCUUCAGCUAAACCCAGAGUAUAUUGGUCGCUAUACUCGUGAAGGCGUUGAUGUGUCCUCCAAAGAGCAAUGCAGUCAAAUUGCAAAACUCAUCAUGAAAAGGGAAGAAGCGCCAACGACGGCGGAAGUAAUCGCCUCUCCAACACGAGACGGACAGCAGACUGACGGUUUUAUAUUGCGAUUGAUGGAGAUGUAUGCAGAACGUGACAUAGGGAGAGAGCUCAGCAGAACCCCUAAUCUUGCCCCAAGCGUCAGCACGAAUUCAAGACGUCCUUUGCACUGCUACAAUCCUGUAUAUGGUGGGGCGACUCGGGGAAAAAAGUUGUGA